AUGACGCCUGUUGCAAUGGCCAUCCAUGGACUCGUAAACGGGCACAGUCAGCCAUCCCAACCGCCUCGUUCGAUUCGACCUGGAGUGUUUGCACCAAUCCCCACCUUCUUUACGGCAGGGACUCAAGACCUAGACUUGGAAACAUUCAAGAUUCAGGUUGUCAAAGUGGCGAUCGCAGGAGUUGGAAUCGUCAUCGCCGGUACUAUGGGCGAGGCACACCAUCUUUCCCCAUCGGAACGCAUUGCGCUUAUUAAGGCAGCUCGGAGUGCGCUCGAUGACGCCUCCCCUUCUCUCGCUCAUGUGCCCAUCAUCGCUGGCACAGGUUCCGGGUCAACAAAGCAAACCAUUGAACUUACACACGAUGCGUAUCAGGCAGGAGCCGAUUACGCAAUUGUCAUCAUGAGCGGCUUCUUUGCAGGUGCUCUAGCAUCUAACAGGAAUGCGUUGAAGAGGUAUUGGAGUGAUGUGGCGGAGAACAGCCCUUUGCCGCUGUUCAUUUAUAACUAUCCAGGUGCAGCCGGUGGUAUUGACCUAGAAUCGGAUCUGAUCGUAGAACUCGCCGAGGAAAACCCAAAUAUCAUUGGAAUCAAGCUAACGUGUGGAAAUGUGGGGAAGCUGACACGCAUAGCAGCCGAAACUGCGGAUCCUGUGUGGAUGAAAGCUCAUCCCCGAAGCAUUCCAUCCCCGUUCCUCGUGCUUGGAGGGUUCGUAGACUUUCUUCUCCCCUCCGUCUUCGCAAACGCACACGGCGCCAUAACGGGCCUCGCAAAUGUGGCACCCCAUGCCAUCAGAACUCUUUCCGAUCUUUCUUUCGCAUGCCAUCCAUCUUCUCCUGUCCCAACCAAAGGCGAACAGCCCGAUCUCUCACGCAAAUCGAUUUUCGCAGAAGCACAACGUUUGCAGGGAAUCAUUGCGAAUGCAGAUCGAACCAUUGCAUUAGCUGGAGUAGCCGGAACGAAAUGGCUACUGCGUCGUCAGGAUCCGGGAUUGUUCCCUCCUGGUUCUGAAUGUCCUAGAAGACCGUUGAUGAAACUUGAUGAUGAGGCUGGAGAAAGGUUGUGGAUGCAGAGAGAUGUAGUAGCGCUCAAGGUCGAAGAAUCGAAUGCUGCUGCUAGUGCUGGUGCUUCUUGCAGUACGACCGUGGCGUAA